CAAAUCCUUUGAUUAGAGUUGAGAGUUGAGAUGUUUGUGUAUUAAGAGACUUUCCUUUUUCCCUCUCAAGGCAUCCAAAACAAAGCAAAGCUUCCAAACGAUCAUUUUAAUUGCUCCAUUGUCACUUUUAUGAAAAAUCCCCAAGUCCCAUUCUUUGAAAAGCUAGGUUUGUAAUAUAAGGUCAAGAUAAUUAAGAAGAAGAAAAAGAAAAAGAAAAAGAAAAGGGAGCAUGUCUAUGAUCAUAAAAAGCAAGUUGAGAAGAAAUUUGAAGCAAGGCAGAAAGUGGUCAGGGUCAGUUUCAGGGUGAUUCCAAAAUUGACAAUGCGCAGCCAAAAUCAAAGUGGUGGGAAUUGCAAAAUCAGGAAAAGAGUGUCAUCAUCAUCAUCAUCAUCAUCAUCAUCAUCUUCAGUUGUUAAGAAUUACAGAUUCAAAAAGGCAAUUUUGGUGAGGAAAUCCAGAGCUACUGCUACUGCUGGAUCAACAACACCUGUACCCACUUGGAAGUUCAUUAUGGCAGCUUCACCUUUGCAAACAGUAUUCCAUAAUAAUAGUAAUAGUAAUAGUAAUAAUAAGAAUUAUGAUCAUAAUAAUGAGUAUGUUGGAGAAGGAAGUAAUCAUCAUCAUCAUGAAUAUGAUGAGGGCAAAGAGGCCAUGUCCGCAAGAAAAUUGGGUGCUACGUUAUGGGAAAUUAAUGGGUUGAAAUUGCAUUCAGCCUUUGGACUGGAACACAAAAGUUUUGAUGCUAUUGCUCAUCCACCUGCGCAGAUUGAUGGAUCUACUAAGGUGGGACUUGGAGGAAUAGGUCAUCGGAGAAGAUCUUCUUCAACAUCGCAGAAGCUUCAGAUUUCCAAGUAUAUCUCUGAAGGGAAACCCAAUUCCACUGAGGUAGGGAGUGAGGUGGCAGGACUAAGACAGAACAGUAAUCCCUGCGUCAAAACCCGAUUGAAGGAUGUUAAUAACAGCUUAAUUGCCUCAAAAGAGCUGGUAAAAGUGUUGUUCAGAUUUCUAUCCCAAGAGGAGAAAAAUUCAUCAAGGAUAACCUUGUUCUCUGCUCUUAGAGUAGAGCUUGAUCGAGCAAGACUACACAUGGAUAAGUUGAUUCAGGAGCAAUGCUAUAAUGACACCAAUCAAAGGGAUGCCCAGGAAAAAUCUGCUUGGAAGAGAAGAGAGAAACAGAGAAUACAGGAUACAGUUUCAGCCCUGGCAAAGGAACUUGAUAUUGAGAAAAAGCUGAGGAGGCAAGCUGAUAGACUGAAUAAGAAGCUGGGAAAGGAGUUAGCUGAUACAAGAGCUCAUUUCUCUCAGGCUAUGAAGGAGCUUGACUGUGAGAGAAGGUGUAGGGAAAUACUGGAACAAACUUGUGAUGAAUUAGCAAGAGGAAUCGGAGAAGAAAGAGUGGAGGCGGAGGAAUUGAAAAGAGAAACAGCAAAAGCAAGAGAGGAGGUUGAGAAAGAAAGACAAAUGCUUCAAUUGGCCGAUGUUUUAAGGGAAGAGAGAGUGCAGAUGAAGCUUGCGGAAGCUAGGUAUGAAUAUGAAGAGAAAAACGCAGCUUUGGAGAGGUUAAAGAGUGAGAUUCAUACCUACUUGAAAACGAAACAAGAUGGAGAUAGAGAUGGGGAUAGAGAUGGGGAUUCCCUUGAUUUUAAAGGGAAAACAGCUGAAUUGCAGGAUUUUCUUAGGAAAAUACAAGGGCAAGUGGAAGAUGAAGGAGAUCCCAAAGGAGGCUCGGGAGAUAGCAGCGAGCUUCACUCCAUCGAACUAAGCAUGGAGAAUAACCGAAGCUACAAGUGGAGCUUUGCUUGUGAAGAAAAUACAGACUCCAGAAGGGCCUCCAUGGAUGAAGUAUUCAAGGGUAGGAGAUCCCUUUCUGAAAAAAUUCAGUGGGAAACCAUUUGCUUGCAGAGAAAAACUUCAGAUGGGGCCAUAGAAUGGGAUUUCUCUGCUCCUGCCAACAACAAGCACGCUGGAAAUCUUAAUAAUGGAUCCUCAGAAAUUUGGCUUGAUCGUUUGGGUGAAAGAAAUGAAGGUGAAGACGAUCAACAGUUUAAAAGGUUAAACACGAGUGUUAAAUCUGAGUCUGCAAGUCCAGCCUUCUCUAUAGGAAAUUCCUCGCGUUUAAGGGAGGCUUGCAGCGCAAUUUUACAAGAUUUAGCAUCACGGAGAGAACAUCUUCAAGGGAACUCUUGGGGAUCCAAAAAAUGAAGAUUUUGAUUACAGUAUACCCUGUUUGUUUUCAUCUUUUGCAUUUUCUUAUCUUUUUUCUCAUUGGGUAAAACUUUUGUUUCUUACUUCACCUGUGUGUUCCUAUUUUGCAAUGAGAAAGAAGAGUAGAGAGGGACAUGGACAUACUAUGUAUUUCACAUACUUCAAAAUUAUUAAUUACAGUACAAUACUAUGUGAAUAGAAUUUUGUGGGAUUAUGUAUUGGUUCAUCAUGUUACACACAUUGUGUUUGUUCUUGAAUCUUGAUAUAAUUUAUGA